AUGGAUGAUUCGCAACCCAGCCCAUUCCCGCUGGCGCCUGUCUCAGCGGCCAUCCUUGCAGAGCAGGAGACAGAACGGAGGAAUCAUCUGCGUCAGCUGGGAUAUCUUAAAUCGGGGUGUGCCGAAAUAGACGACUAUGUUCUACAAGGGGGCUUUGAGAGGGGCCACAUUGUGGGUUUGAGUGCAGAGGAGGAGACACUUGGGCUGACUUUGGGUUUACAAAUUCUCUCCAAAAUGCUAUCUGAGAAUCCUGAAACGGCACUCAUAAUCACGCCCAAACCAGCGGGCGAGAUUCUGCGCUCCCUACGAGACAGCAUCCGAACAUCACUAUCACUCCCACCCCACGAGAUCGACCACAAAGUAAAAUCCUGCCUAGACAACGUCAUGCUCUCCUGUGUGUUCGACAUAGACGGUCUAUGGCAAGUCCUCUCCGACCUCGACACCAAGUCCGAAAUCCAAGACAGCCAAGACUCAGAACCAGCCCUCUCGCCAUCCUCCCCUUCCCUCAUCCUCAUCACCCAUUUCUCAAGCCUCCUCACCUCGCUCUUCACCCAACGCACAAAGGACUCGGCGCACACGAAACUCUCCCUCCUAGCCUCCCACCUGCGCUAUCUGUCGCGGAAUCUACCCUCCCACCCGCUCAUCCUCAUCCUCAACUCGACCACCGACUCGCACGACGGGCAAGACAAGCGCCACAAUAAACCACUAGAUCCGUCUUUACGAUCGAUCUUCAACCCCCCGCCGCUGCAUAUACCAGGGUAUGUGGCUACUUCUUCGCGGAGGAGCAAGCCUUCUUUUGGACUUGUGUUUACGCAGCUGCUUGAUUUGCAUGUGCUUGCUUCGAGGGUGCCGAGGACGAGGGACGACGCGGAGAGUGUGGUGAAUUCGAGGGAUGCGACGUUUGUGACGGUGCUGGAGGUUCUGCUAGAUGAGAUGGGGUUGUGGACUGGGAGGAUGGGGAGGAGGAUGAAUAGGGAGCAGAGAUGGGGGGCUGUUCGGGUGGAAGGGGGGAGGGUGGUGGAUGCGUUUGCGAAGAGGGAGGUUGUGGAAGUGGUGGAAAUUAGAACAUCCGGAGGUUUUGGCGGACGACGGGCAUAA